AUGCCUUACACCGCUAUUGUCGCGUAUCCGAACGAGCCGGACACCGAGUUCAACACCGACUACUACCUGAGCACCCACAUGCCCCUGGUGGCCAAGACUUGGGGUCCUCAUGGUCUGAAGAGCUGGAACGUGGUCCGAUAUGAGAACGAUCUGACGGGCGCAACCUCCAAGUAUCUGAUCGUGGCCACCUUGAUCUGGGAAAGCGAGGAGGCUCUCAAGAAGGCGCGUGAGGUGGAGGGAGCACCCGCCAUCUUUGCCGAUAUUCCCAACUUCACCAACAAGGCUCCGAUCACGCUUGCCGGUGGUGUGAUUGCCAGCCAGGACCUGUAA